ACCCCCACCAACAUCCUCCUCCUCUCUCUGGCUGUCUCAGACUUUCUAGUGGGCCUUGUGCUGAUGCCUGUAGAAGUCCUCCGACAAACAUCCUGCUGGUCUCUUGGUGACUUUGUGUGUUUUCUUUAUAAUUAUCUUACAAUCAUCUUUACUGUAUCCUCAGUAGGUGACAUAGUGCUUAUAUCAGUUGACCGCUAUGUGGCUAUUUGUGACCCUCUGCAUUACAACACCAGAAUCACUGUGAAAAGAGCUAAACUCUGUGUUUGUCUGUGUUGGCUCUAUGCUGCUUGCUACAGCUUUUUCUUUGUGAAGCAUGAUCUGCCUCAACCGGGGAGGUAUAAUUCCUGCUAUGGAGAAUGUGUGUUUGUCACUGACUAUUUCACAGGACUAAUAGAUCUUGUUUUGUCCUUAAUUGUUCCAGUUACUGUCAUCGUAGCUCUGUAUCUGAGAGUAUUUGCCGUGGCUGUGUCUCAGGCUCGUGCCAUGCGCUCUCACGUUACAGCUGUCACACUCCAGCUGUCAGUGACUCCAAAGGCAAAGAAAUCUGAGCUAAAAGCAGCCAGGAAUCUUGGUGUUCUGGUAGUUGUGUUCAUAAUAUGUUACUGUCCAUUUUACUGUGUUUAUUUUGCAGGUGACAGCUUGGUCCAUGCUUUAUCUGCAUCCCAUGUUCUCUUUGUGUUCUUUUGUAACUCUUGUCUAAACCCUGUGAUCUAUGCCUUCCUUUACCCCUGGUUUAGGAAAGCAGUUAAACUCAUAGUCACUCUUCAGAUACUGCAGCCUGGCUCCUGUGAGAGCAACAUGCUGUAG